GAGAGAGCCAUAGAGAGAAAGAGAGAGAGAGAGAGAGACAGAGAGAAGAGGGGCAUAGAGAGAGAGAGUUGGAGGGAGGAGGAAAAUAAUCCCAGGCACAGGGAGACAAAAGCUGCAGAGAGAGAGAAGACUGUUACCUUCUUGCCCUCCACUAAAAGAACAACGGAGGAGGAGGAGGAAGAAGACAAAAGGAGGAGGGAGGCGUACAGUACUGAACAUACUGGAACUGAAUUCAUAGGCUCCUUUUUCAUUACCCUCCUCCAUGUUUUAGGGGGAUUCUACACUAGUGCAUUUGACUGCUGCCUUCUUCUUCAUCUCUAAAAAGAAAGAAAGAGAGGAGGAUGUCGGGGAAGAAAGAGUUUGACGUGAAACAGAUCCUCAGGCUGCGUUGGCGCUGGUUUAGUCAUUCAUCCCAGAGUUCUGCCGGUGGAGGAGGAGGAGGAGGAGGAGGUGGAGGAGGAGGUGUAGGAGGAGGAGGAGGAGUAGGAUACCUCCAGGGGAGCUUUGAUCACAGAGGGACCCCAGUCCAGGGCAGGCUGAAGAGUCACUCCCGGGACAGAGGUGGCAGCGGAGGGGGACUCUGGAAGCAGAACAGCAACAGUCCGGUCCAUAGUAUCCUGGCCCCCACGCCUGUCUAUGUCAGAGCCAGUAAUCAAUCAUGGCACCAGCAGAACAUUAUUCAGCACCUGCAGCAGCAAGGUGGCCACGAGCUGCCUAAGAACAGCAGCUCACCUAACAACACCAGGAAAGAGGACUGCUCCAAGAGCAGCCGGGAGAAUGUGAAGAGUGUAGAGGAGUCCUCGGAGACGGAAGCAAGACACAGGAUGUGCUCCAACGGCUCGGAUGAGUUCUUCCAGGCUACAAACCAUGCGGAACAGACCUUUCGCAAGAUGGAGACUUAUUUUCAGCACAAGCAGCUGUGUGAUGUUGUCUUGAUAGCAGGAGAUCAUAAGAUCCCGGCUCACAGAUUGGUCCUCAGUGCAGUAUCUGACUACUUUGCUGCCAUGUUCACCAGCGAUGUGAGAGAGGCCAAACAGGAGGAGAUCAAGAUGGAGGGGGUGGAUCCAGAAGCCUUGAGAUCUCUGGUCCACUUUGCCUACACUGGUGUCCUUGAAUUGAAGGAGGAGACCAUAGAGAGUUUAUUGUCUGCAGCCUGCCUUCUGCAGCUCUCACAAGUCAUUGAGGUCUGCUGUAACUUCCUCAUGAAACAACUCCAUCCGUCUAACUGCCUGGGGAUACACUCCUUCGCUGAUGCCCAGGGAUGCAUGGAUUUGCUCAAUGUGUCCCACAACUACACCAUGGAGCACUUCAUAGAGGUGAUUCAGAACCAGGAGUUUCUCCUGCUUCCUACGGCUGAGAUCGUCAAACUCUUGGCCAGUGACGACAUAAACAUACCAGAUGAGGAGACCAUCUUCCAGGCUCUGAUGACGUGGGUGCGGUUCGACGUUCUGCAUCGCCAGCAGGACCUUGGGGUUCUCCUGGCCUACAUCCGCCUGCCUCUUCUACCUCCACAGCUCCUAGCUGACCUGGAGAACAACACCAUGUUCUCAGAUGACCUGGAAUGCCAGAAGCUUCUAAUGGAAGCCAUGAAGUACCAUCUGCUGCCAGAGCGCCGCCUCAUGUUCCAGAGCCCCAGGACCAAACCCAGGAAGUCCACUGUAGGAGUACUCUACGCUGUGGGAGGCAUGGACGCUACCAAGGGAUCUACGACCAUAGAGAAGUAUGACCUGCGGACCAACACAUGGAUCCAGGUGGGAGUGAUGAACGGCCGGAGGCUGCAGUUCGGGGUGGCAGUGAUCGACGACAAGCUGUACGUGGUGGGGGGCCGAGACGGGCUGAAGACUUCCAACAUGGUGGAGUGUUACAACCCUUUCAACAAUGUCUGGUCCACCAUGCCUCCCAUGUCUACACACAGACAUGGACUCGGUAUAACAGUGUUGGAGGGCCCCAUGUAUGCAGUAGGCGGCCAUGAUGGAUGGAGUUACCUGAAUACGGUGGAGAGGUGGGACCCCCAGGCUAGACAGUGGAACUACGUGGCCAGCAUGUCCACCCCACGCAGCACCAUGGGAGUCACCGCACUCAACGGAAAAUUGUUUGCAGUUGGCGGUCGGGACGGGAGCUCGUGUCUGCGGUCGAUGGAAUGCUUUGAUCCACACACCAACAAGUGGAGUAUGUGUGCCCCCAUGGCGAAGCGGAGAGGAGGGGUGGGUGUGGCCACGUACAACAGUUUCCUUUAUGCUGUGGGUGGUCAUGAUGCCCCGGCGUCCAACCACUGCUCCAGACUCUCAGACUGUGUAGAGAGGUAUGAUCCCAAAACAGACACAUGGACCACGGUGUCCUCUCUGAGUGUCCCCAGGGAUGCUGUAGGUAUCUGUCUGCUAGGAGACAGGCUAUAUGCUGUCGGAGGAUACGAUGGAACGUCCUACCUGAACAGUGUUGAGUCCUAUGAUGCACAGAACAAUGAAUGGACUGAGGAGGUCAAUCUCAACAUCGGAAGGGCCGGAGCCUGUGUUGUAGUUGUGAGAAUACCUUGAGGACUACAACUCCCUACAACGCCCUGGAAUGACACACAGGAAUCCGGAUAUGAUGUCACCACUGAUGUCGCUAAGAAUAUGUUAUUUUUUUCUACUGUAAAGGCAAACCUAUAUUGCAUUCCUCACAAACCAUUGUUUCUAUCAACAGUGAUUUUCAUUGUCCAAGGAUUUUCUCUUUGAUUAUGAGAAUGUACUUUACCAUAUCUACGGAUCAACAAUCUACAUAGUAGUGGUUCAAAAAGUAGGAAACUCUGCCACACUCUUGUUGAUAUGGUCUGUCAGAAAAUAAUGUUUUCUAUAUGAUACAAAGAAAGAAAUUACAUUUAACCCAUAAGAGUGGAAACCCCGUCUAAGCCAGGGAAGGGGGAUUUUACGACCCAUUUGGCCUGCUGUUAGCCAAUACAAAACGCAUUUAAUAACAGAUUCACUACAUAGAACAACAGAUAGUCCCAAAACAAAAUCUAAAGGAAGUUUGUUCUGAAGUGUCUUUCCUAUAUCUUAGAGGUAUAAGAAAGACCAGGAAACAUUUGUUAUUUUUGGCACUGAACAGUCUCUAUUUACACUAUACUUCCAUACAUUUUUUUCAACUGAUACCGGGGGACUUUCAGACGAGUUUUGCGAGACAUGUAAUGAGAGUCUCACCUUUACACAGAUGAGUCAUAUUAGUGUGUAGCCCAAACUGUUCGGACGCUACAGACAGCAGGUGGCAGAUCGGCUGUACCGAGUUCAGAGAGGUCCUAAGAAACUUGUGGGGGUUUGUAGAGCCAAAUGAAGAACACCAUCAUGUGUGUGAGAGUCUCAUCCUUACAUAGAGGGGUCAUAAUAGUUUGGACGUUGCAUGAGAUUUUUUGAAGAAAAAACAAAAUGUUUUUAUUUUUAGGGGGGGGGGGGGGGUCUCAUGGUCUGACAAGCAUCAGUCUAGCUCUGUCGAAAUAGGAGGAUAUGGUGGAUUGAGAUAUAUGCAAUGCAACAAAAACACAAAAAAAAACAGAUAUCCCUAGCUUAAACUGACCGAUUUUGAUUGGAGUUUUUUUGUAUUAUGCUAAUUAGAUAUCCGACAUGUGCACAGACAUGGACCUUAGGGGUUUAAUUGAUACUUUUACAUUUAUACAUUCUAUAUUAUAGCAUUCUAUAUUUGUCUCAUCACAUAUUCAUAUUUUUUUGAUUCAUAUUCUAAAAUAUAGAUAUCUCUCUUUUAGCCAACUGGAAAUGAAUACCUCUGUGUUGAUAACUGGUUCACUUCCUACCUGGGUGAAGGUGCUCUGUACCAAUGAUUUUUACUCUUGGACAAACAGUUUUUUAAGAAAGACCACUGUGAAUAAUACUGAAGAUGAUGAGUUUGUUAAGUACAACACCGGGAUGCUUUGUCAGACCAAUUUGAGGAAGUUACUCAUAAUGGAUAUCGUUUUUUUUUAGAAAGGAAAGAAAUCUAAAGGACAUUUUUCAAAAUAUUGUUCUCUUCUUUUUCUUCUUGGAAGCUAUAGAGGAAUUACACCAAAGUCAUUAGCCUGUCUCACAAAAUCUUUUGUACCAUGUUUUAAAAAUUAAGUUUACACACUCGUGAAUAUAUAAAUAUAUCAUAUUGAUAUUUCGCAUUACUGUAAAGAUUGUUUGCAAGUUUGUCAAAAUUGCAGUCAUCUUUAUAACCUCACAUCAUUCCUAAACCAUUAUUGUCAUCUCCAGAUGUUGGUUUUAUAUUUUUGGCAUUCUAGUUAACGUUACAUUGUAAUUAAACAAUAUGCCCUUCUUUUUUUAUUUGACUUCGUGUUUGCUACUGACUUAUAAAUAUACCGUGGGCUGGUUUCCCAGACACGGAUUAAGUCUAGUCUUGUACUAAGAUACACUUUCAACACAUUUGUUUUUGUUUAGGACUAGACCUCUGCUUUUAUCUGUGUCUGGGAAAUCCGGCCCUGUAUGACAUUGAGAACAUUACUAAAGCUUUGCGUUACUACGUUAACACCAUGUGUACAGACUCUUUCACAACAUGGCCUGUUGAGUUCAUCUGUAACAACAGGACUUUAUUCUGUUUACACUGAGGAUCGUUCAGCUUGGAAUAUUACAAAAUGCUCUGAGGCCAAAUGUAGAUUUUUAUCCUGGUUUUUUACACUGCGUACAGAUCUAGAAAUAAAACAACUUCAUUGUC